AUGCAGUACCACUCAAAGGAGGAGCAAGUCGAGGGAAGCUACAGUACGUGGCAGUCAUGGGUACCAGAGGCCAGAUCUAGUCUAAGCAGUCCUGACCCUCUGGUGAGAAAGGCCUUCCUGAUGGCCCAUCAUUUGAUAAGACUAUGUGAUCACUGGGGGGGGUUGACAGCACUGGGUAUUGCGCCUACUCCCUGUGCCGCAGCUCUUCAAUACACUGGAGAUGUGCUCCUUACACGGUUCCCCAUCUUCUUCAGACGAUGGCCACGUGUCUUCCAGGAUGUGACAGAGAAUACAGCUUGUCAAACACUUAUGAGGAUCCUGGUUGAACAGUUACUCCGACGCCGAGAACUGGCAUGAAGCGUAAUAUUGUCAGUUUAUAUUCCAGCUGGCCAGAUGGCCAUGCAUUGCCAUGAGAGUGGCAUGUCGGCAGUUAUUCCUCAGCUGAAGUAGUGUGUGGGUGCUUAUGUGGAGAGAGUCAUCUACCCUGAUAUCAGAGAAAAGGGAGGAUGGGGUGAUUUUGUAUCGCGUUUAAAGAAGAAGACCCUGGAGGCUGAGGUGAAAGAAUUGUGUUGCUGGACCCUGCUGGCUUUAGCAUCAAGUUUCCUCAUUUACUUCUUGAGGAAAGAAGUUUUUGCCAACAUUGCCAUCUAG